AAAUCAUCAUUCGUUUCUUGAAGCAAAAGAAAUCACAGACGAAAUCAAACAAGGGUUUAUACUUCUUUACACACAAAUCCCCAAAUCGUUCAUUCAGCAACCGUUUCGGAAAUCAAUCAGCGAUGUCAGCUCUUCAAUACCUAGAUUCUCUUCGUAAUACUCACCCAGAACUCUCCGAUUGGUACAAUACGCUUGCAGAUCUGUACCAAAGGAAGCUAUGGCACCAACUCACUCUCAAACUCGAACAAUUCGUCGCACUCACUGUUUUUCAGGCGGGUGAUGCUCUCAUCCAACUAUAUCAGAACUUCAUCACCGACUUUGAGACUAAGAUAAAUCUUCUCAAGCUCGCACAUUUUGCUGUUAUAGUCUCUCGUCAAUAUUCAGAGAAAGAAGCAGCCAUCAGCUAUCUCGAAGGAGUGAUUGAAAAACUCCGAGCUACGAAAGAAUCACGUAUAGAGGAACCAAUCGCUUACAUUAAGAUGCAAAUAGCCAUUUUCAACCUUGAAAAAGGAGAUCAAAAGGAGUGCAAGAAUCUUCUAGACGACGGAAAGAGCACACUUGAUAGCAUGACUGACAUCGAUCCGUCCGUGUAUGCUAAUUAUUAUUGGGUGACGUCCCAGUACCAUAAAUCUCGCCAGGAGUUUGCUGAAUUCUACAAGAGUUCUCUACUUUAUUUGGCAUAUACGUCGGUUGAAUCUCUUUCGGAUUCAUUUAAGUUGGAUCUUGCAUUUGAUUUAUCUCUAUCUGCUUUACUUGGAGACAACAUUUACAACUUUGGAGAACUACUUGCACAUCCAAUAAUAAAAAGUCUGCUAGGGACACAGGUUGAAUGGCUCUACUAUAUUCUAGAAGCAUUCAACAACGGAGAUCUAGUUCGCUAUCAAGAACUGUGCCGUGUUCAUGCAGCUUCUCUUAACGCUCAGCCAGCUUUGGUGGAGAAUGAGAAGAAGCUUCUAGAAAAGAUCAACAUCCUCUGUUUGAUGGAAAUUAUCUUCAGUCGACCAUCCGAUGAGAGAACCAUUCCCUUAAGCAUCAUAGCAGACCGGACAAAACUUACAGUUGAAGACGUUGAAUAUCUUCUCAUGAAGAGUUUAUCUGUGCAUCUUAUUGAGGGGAUAAUUGAUCAAGUUGAAGGAACAGUUCAUGUGUCUUGGGUGCAACCAAGAGUUUUGGGAAUAAGUCAAGUAAAGUCUUUGCGUGAUCGUUUGGACAACUGGGUCGGGAAAGUACACACUGCUUUGGUAUCGGUUGAAGCUGAAACACCGGAUUUAGUUGCAUCCUAAGUCGUUUCUUGGUUUUAUUCAUCUCUUGGAUAGCUUGUUGCCCAAGUUAUUUGGGUGAACUCAAUGUAUGAUACCUAUUCGUUUUUCUCCUUUUCGAAGGCUGUUGAGCCUCAUAUGUAUCUUACUUUCCGUUUUUGAUCUGUGGUUGGAUAGAAACUUGUUGAAUGCACUUUUACGAGUUACACUUUUUAAUCCCAGCUUCUAAAUCUUGUUCUUCA